AUGUGUUUCGACGGGCCGUGUGUAAACUACUCCGGCUGCCAGAUCACUUGGGCCAAGUUCUGCAAGGAAAACAUGGCUGGCAAAGGCUUCUCCUUCUGGGUGUGGCUGGACAACAUCAUCGACCUGGUUAAGAAGUACAUCCUGGCACUCUGGAAUGAAGGGUAUAUCAUGGGCUUUAUCAGUAAGGAGAGGGAGAGGGCCCUUCUCAACCCAAAACCCCCCGGCACUUUCCUGCUGCGCUUCAGUGAGAGCAGCAAGGAGGGCGGCAUCACAUUCACAUGGGUGGAGAAAGACAUCAGCGGAAAGACCCAGAUGCAGUCGGUGGAGCCCUACACCAAGCAGCAGCUCAACAACAUGUCUUUUGCCGACAUCAUCAUGGGAUACAAGAUCAUGGACGCCACCAACAUCCUGGUUUCGCCUCUUGUUUACCUCUACCCUGAUAUCCCCAAAGACGAGGCUUUUGGGAAAUACUGCAGGCCAGAAGCUGCGCCGGAGCCUGAGAUGGGAGGAGACUCCACGAGUACUAUUCAGCCAUACUUGAAGACGAAGUUCAUCUGCGUUACCCCGUGUCCCUCCGUGUUCAUGGACUUGCCGGACAGUGAGCUGCUUGGGAACGGAUUCCCAGGCACAAACUCUGGAAACACCAGCGACCUGUUCCCCAUGUCGCCCCGCACCCUGGACUCCCUGAUGCACAAUGAAGUUGAGGCAAAUCCUUCACAUUUGGCCUCUGUCUGGUUUUCCUCCGCAGACUCAAUCACUUUGGACAUGGAUGUAGCAUCACCUAUGUGAGGACAGUCGCCAAGUUUCUUCAUUUUCUUCAUUGGGAUUUGGUAUUAUGUUGUGAAAGAGGUGUUAUAAUUUUCCCACCGCCUGUACAGUUUGUUUCUUGUUUCUGUUUAAAAGAAAAUGUCUACUUUUCACAGAGAAGGGAUCUAAAUGGUUUUGAAAGAUGUUUUAAAUCUUUUAAAAGAGGAUUUCCACUCAUUUAAAGUUUGACUGUCCAUCUUUAGCUCAGUGUGUGAUUUUAAGCAUCUUCCCGCUCCUGUUCUGUUCUUCUCCAUCUGCAUAGAUGUCCUGAUUACUCUUUUCAGUAUCUGGAAUUAUAUUUUUGAGAACAUUGUAUUUUUGCCUUUUUGAAACGGCUAUGAACUCUUGUGUUCUUUUCUUUUGAAUAAGAAAGUGUAAGUAGAAUAAUUGUUGCAUACAGUAAGCUUUGCCGUUUUGGAAUAGUAUUGUUCUGAUGCAUUUAAUGGUCCUUUUUAAAUAUGUACUAUUGCAUUUUUAGUGGCCGCCAAAUGUUUUGUCACAUGUGUUUCACAAUACCUUUGUUUCAUAUCAAAUGGUUUGUUUCUUGAUAGUUUUUACUCAGAAUGAAAUAUUUCCAAUAUUUCUUAGAGCCAUUUGAAGUUUUAAAAAACUGCAGAGAGAUGAUAUAACAAUUUAUGGAUAUUUUCCUGUAAAGUUAUUUCCCCUUAUAGUGAGAAAUUACAUGAUAUAACCUGUAAAAAUUGUUUUGAAAGCAGUUUUUUGUCACUCCCACCCCAUAUCAAACUGUAAUUUGUGAUCAUGUGAGUUGCACUUGCUUUAAAAUUAGCAGUUUUAUUGUUUGUGUUGUGCCUGAAUUCACCUGAUCAGAUAUGUAAUGUAAAUCAUUGUAUGAACAAUUUAUUUUAAGACAAACUUGUUGUUAAAAUAAUCAUGGAUGAGAAAGAGAUAUUUCCCUCUAACACAGCAAGGAGUGUUGACUUUUAACCUUUCAUACAACUAGUAAACUCUGAGAUAAAUGCAAGCCACAUCUGUCUGUCAUGCAACGAAAUGUCAAGAGGAUUUCUGUAAAAUACGAUGUAACUACUCAUCAAUUGACAUAAGGUAAUAAAAACAAGUUAUCACUGAAGUAGUCAA